GCGUCACAGACCUUUGUGGAAGCAGCAACAGCUCCCAUCCUUCCAACCUUUCUGGAGAAGCUGUGGCCUGAUGGUGAGCCAAAUAGGCUGGGGGGGGAGAAGAGGGCGGCUGGGGCGGUGGGGAGACCUGGGGCCUGGAUCAGUGCCCCUGCUCCCCAUGCCACUGCCACCUCCUCCUCCUCCUUCAUGCCGGGGACCUGGGGGAGGGAGGAUCUCCAUCUUCUCUCUGUCCCCUGCCCCUCAUACAAGAAGCUCCCCCUCCUCAUUUUCCCCUCCCACCCCAAGGCCCCCUUGCUCAGUGCUACAGGGGACAGGGGCUCAGCCUUGCCACAGUGCUCUCCCCACCCCAGCCACCCCCCCAACACAGGCUCAACCUGCAAUGACACCUGCCUCUGCAUCUCCCUCCUGGGGAUCCCACUCUACCCCACCCCUGGCCUCGGCAACUCCCCCUCCCUCACACCAGUGCCCCCAGGACUCUCCUGGGCUGCGGGUAGGCCCUUUGAUCCCUGAACAGGAUUAUGAGCGGCUGGAGGACUGUGACCCUGAGGGGUCCCAAGACUCACCCAUCCACGGGGAGGAGCAGCAACCCCUGCUUCAUGUCCCUGAAGGGCUCUGCGGCUCCUGGCAUCACAUCCAGAACCUGGACAGCUUCUUCACCAAGAUCUACAGCUACCACCAGCGGAAUGGCUUUGCCUGCAUCCUGCUGGAGGAUGUCUUCCAGUUGGGACAAUUCAUUUUCAUUGUCACCUUCACAACCUUCCUCCUUCGAUGUGUGGAUUACAAUGUUCUCUUUGCCAACCCACCAAGUAACCGUACGAGACCUGGGCCGUUCCACAGCAAAGUGACCUUGUCAGAUGCCAUCCUACCCUCAGCCCAGUGUGCUGAGAGGAUCCGCUCCAGCCCGCUGCUCGUCCUCCUCCUGGUCCUGGCUGUGGGCUUCUGGCUGGUCCAACUGCUUCGCUCAGUCUGCAACCUCUUCAGCUACUGGGACAUCCAGGUGUUUUACAGGGAGGCCCUGCACAUCCCCCCGGAGGAGCUGAGCUCGGUUCCCUGGGCAGAGGUGCAGUCCCGCCUCUUGGCGCUGCAGCAGAGCGGGGGCCUGUGCGUGCAGCCGCGGCCCCUGACGGAGCUGGACGUCCACCACCGCAUCCUGCGCUACACCAACUACCAGGUGGCGCUGGCCAACAAGGGCCUGCUGCCGGCCCGCUGCCCGCUACCCUGGGGAGGCAGUGCCGCUUUCCUCAGCCGCGGCCUGGCGCUCAAUGUCGACCUGCUGCUCUUCCGCGGUCCCUUCUCGCUCUUCCGCGGGGGCUGGGAGCUGCCGCACGCCUACAAGCGCAGCGACCAGCGGGGUGCCCUGGCAGCGCGCUGGGGGCGCACAGUGCUGCUGCUGGCCGCCCUGAACCUGGCGUUGAGCCCACUGGUGCUGGCCUGGCAGGUGCUGCACGCCUUCUAUAGCCACGUGGAGCUGCUGCGGCGCGAGCCCGGCGCGCUUGGGGCGCGCGGCUGGUCCCGCCUGGCGCGCUUGCAGCUGCGCCACUUCAACGAGCUGCCGCACGAGCUGCGCGCGCGCCUGGCGCGCGCCUACCGCCCCGCCGCCGCCUUCUUGCGCACCGCUGCGCCCCCCGCGCCCCUGCGCGCGCUGCUGGCCCGCCAGAUCGUUUUCUUCGCGGGCGCACUCUUCGCCGCGCUGCUUGUGCUCACCGUCUACGACGAGGACGUGCUGGCAGUGGAGCACGUGCUCACCGCCAUGACCGCGCUUGGGGUCACCGCCACCGUGGCCAGGUCUUUCAUUCCCGAAGAGCAGUGCCAGGGUCGUGCGCCGCAGCUUCUGCAGACCGCCCUGGCCCACAUGCACUACCUCCCGGAGGAGCCUGGCCCCGGUGGCAGGGACCGCGCGUACCGGCAGAUGGCGCAGCUGCUGCAGUACCGAGCGGUCUCCCUCUUGGAGGAGCUCCUGUCCCCGCUCCUCACCCCGCUGUUUCUGCUUUUCUGGUUCCGCCCUCGUGCCCUGGAGAUUAUCGACUUUUUUCAUCACUUCACUGUGGAUGUGGCUGGGGUUGGGGACAUCUGUUCCUUUGCCCUUAUGGAUGUGAAGCGCCACGGCCACCCUCAGUGGCUCUCGGCGGGACAGACUGAGGCCUCGCUGUCUCAGCGUGCGGAGGAUGGCAAGACUGAGCUUUCUUUGAUGCGGUUCUCCCUGGUGCAUCCGCUCUGGCGCCCCCCAGGGCACAGCUCUAAGUUUCUUGGGCACCUCUGGGGCCGAGUACAACAAGAUGCAGCUGCCUGGGGCGCCACCUCGGCUCGCAGCCCCCCCACCCCGGGGGUGCUCAGCAAUUGCACCUCGCCCCUGCCUGAGGCCUUCCUGGCCAACCUCUUCGUGCACCCUCUCCUGCCUCCGAGGGAUCUGAGCCCGACAGCCCCCUGUCCAGCUGCAGCCACAGCCAGCCUCCUCGCCUCCAUUUCCCGAAUUGCCCAGGACCCCAGCUCUGUGUCCCCAGGAGGCACUGGGGGCCAGAAGCUGGCCCAGCUCCCAGAACUUGCUUCUGCCGAGAUGAGUCUCCAUGCCAUCUACCUGCACCAGCUUCACCAGCAGCAGCAGCAGGAGCCGUGGGGCGAGGCUGCAGCCUCCGUCCUGUCCAGGCCCUACUCCAGCCCCUCACAGCCACCCUCGCCUGAUGAGGAGAAGCCAUCCUGGUCAAGUGAUGGCUCCAGUCCUGCCUCCAGCCCCAGACAACAGUGGGGAACCCAGAGGGCCCGGAAUCUGUUCCCUGGAGGGUUUCAGGCGACAACAGACACCCAGAAGGAGCCUGAUGAGGCCUCUUGCACUGACUGAGACGACUCCUCAGGGUACCCUGGCUUCCGCAGCCACAGGAGAUUGGAGGGUGGAGUGGAAGAACACAAGGAGCCAUUGCUAGAGGCCCCAUAGAUGACAGGCCCAGGUGCUUUAGUUGGGCAGCACCUGGGAGUCAGUGAGGAACUCGCCCUGAGAACAGAGAAAAGGUAGGAGAGGAGAUGCUGAUGGCAUCUGGAAACAAGUCUUAGAGAUGGUCCCCACCCGGAAGGGAUAAGGGGAGACACCCCCAACUGCAGUGUGUCCUGGAGCAGUUGCCUGGGAAGAAGUCCUCGAGUUUCCUCAAGGUAGGGGACAGAGGUCAAGGAUGAGGCCAAGCUACAUGGAAGGGUGACAGUGAGGCAGGUGCACUUUAAGGCUGUGGAUUCGUCACACUGGCGGCUGCCAGCGCACUUUCAGUUCCCUGGGGCUUGCAGGGGAUGGGGACUUGUGAGUGGAAAGACGAGAGGGCUGAUGUUUUUGGACUUCAGCACCGGUGUGAUGUCUGAGGAAGUGGGUGUGGCUUCCCAUCCUGUAUGAAAUAAGCAGUAAAGCUUGCUCACGGCUGUUGCA